ACACAAACACCCCCCCCUCGACUCGAUCCUGAACUCCUCCGACCUGCUGUCUGCCAUCUGCGUCGAACGCCCUCUCCCAUAGAGGUCGUAUAUCCUUGGACACCCGCGCACCCGAGAACCCUGCAUCCUUCAUGCGCGGAGCGUGAGCUUCUCGUAUCUCGCAGCGGUCAAGAUGGCAUCCUCCUCCACGAACAUGCUGACCAAGUUCGAGUCCAAAUCCUCGAGAGCGAAAGGCAUUGCUUUCCAUCCUAAAAGACCGUGGAUUCUGGUCUCCCUGCACUCCUCAACUAUCCAACUAUGGGAUUAUCGUAUGGGAACCUUGAUUGACCGAUUCGAGGAACACGAUGGACCGGUUAGAGGAAUUGACUUUCACAAGACGCAGCCCCUCUUCGUCUCUGGUGGAGAUGACUACAAGAUUAAGGUCUGGUCAUAUCAGACUCGCAGAUGUCUCUUUACCUUGAAUGGUCAUUUGGAUUAUGUUCGGACUGUCUUCUUCCACCACGAGCUUCCCUGGAUCAUUUCGAGUUCGGAUGAUCAGACUAUCAGAAUAUGGAAUUGGCAGAACAGAUCCUUAAUCUGCACUAUGACCGGUCACAAUCACUACACCAUGUGCGCGCAGUUCCAUCCAAAAGAAGAUUUGGUAGUUUCAGCCUCACUGGAUCAGUCUGUUCGUGUCUGGGAUAUUUCAGGCCUCCGAAAGAAGCAUUCUGCUCCCACAUCUAUGACCUUCGAAGACCAAAUGUCUCGCGGAAAUCAGAAUCAAGCCGAUAUGUUUGGAAAUACAGAUGCUGUGGUCAAAUUUGUGUUGGAAGGUCAUGACCGGGGUGUGAACUGGGUAGCUUUCCAUCCCACACUACCCCUAAUCGUAUCCGCUGGAGACGAUCGACUUGUCAAAUUGUGGAGAAUGAGCGAGACAAAGGCUUGGGAAGUCGAUACGUGCCGGGGUCAUUUCCAGAAUGCGUCAGGAUGCUUAUUCCACCCCCACCAAGAUUUAAUAUUGUCUGUUGGUGAGGAUAAGACCAUCCGGGUCUGGGAUCUGAACAAGCGAACUUCAGUCCAGUCCUUCAAACGAGAAAAUGAUCGCUUUUGGGUUAUUGCAGCUCAUCCAGAGAUCAAUCUUUUUGCCGCUGGACAUGACAAUGGUGUUAUGGUCUUCAAGCUUGAGAGGGAACGACCCGCGUCUGCUUUCUAUCAGAACAAUCUCUUUUUCAUCACUAAGGACAAGCAUGUCCGGUCUUAUGACUUCCAGAAGAACGUUGAGAGUCCAACUCUGUUGACCUUGAAAAAGCUCGGUAGCCCCUGGGUUCCUCCGCGAUCACUGUCUUACAACCCAGCCGAGCGCGCUAUUCUGGUCACUUCACCCGCGGAUGGUGGCUCUUACGAGCUCAUCCACCUUCCUCGGGAGGGCUCUGGAUCAAUAGACCCCACAGACACGAAACGUGGCCAGGGCAAUUCAGCCGUAUUCGUGGCACGCAACCGAUUCGCAGUUUUCAACGCAGCUGGUCAACAGAUUGAUAUCAAGGAUCUCUCGAACUCAACCACAAAGACCAUCAAGCCUCCCGCAGGUACUACUGAUAUCUAUUUUGGUGGAACCGGCAAUCUUCUUCUAAUCACCCCUACUGCUGUGCAUUUAUACGAUAUCCAACAAAAGAAAAGUACUGCAGAACUUGCUGUCACUGGAGUAAAAUAUGUCGUAUGGUCAAAUGACGGAUUAUACGCCGCGCUGCUGAGCAAGCACAAUGUCACGAUUGUCACGAAAACCUUAGAGCAGGUCAGCACACUUCACGAGACGAUUCGAAUCAAGAGUGCGACUUGGGACGAUGCCGGCGUCCUUCUCUACUCUACCCUCAACCACAUCAAAUAUACUCUUCUUAAUGGCGACAAUGGCAUUGUUCGGACUCUUGACCAGACUGUUUACCUCGUACGAGUAAAAGCGCGCAGCGUUUACUGCCUCGGUCGAAACGCAAAGCCGAAGAUCUUGAAUAUUGACCCGACUGAGUACCGCUUCAAACUGGCACUCGUCAAGCGCAACUACGAGGAAAUGUUACAGAUUAUCAAGACCUCGAGUCUGGUUGGUCAGAGUAUCAUCUCUUACUUGCAGAAGAAGGGAUACCCGGAGAUUGCUUUGCAAUUUGUCCAAGAUCCAACAACGCGUUUCGAGUUGGCCAUUGAGUGUGGUAACUUGGAGGUUGCAGUAGAGAUGGCAAAACAGCUUGAUAAACCGAAGCUUUGGUCAAGAUUGUCAACAGAGGCUCUUGCACAUGGCAAUCACCAGAUUGUCGAGAUGACUUACCAAAAGUUGAGGCAGUUCGAUAAAUUGUCAUUCUUGUACCUGACUACAGGUGAUGAAGGGAAACUCGCACGAAUGGCCAAGAUCGCCGAACAUCGUGGAGACUUCACUGCACGUUUCCAAAAUGCUUUAUAUCUCGGAGAUGUAACUGACAGGAUACAAAUGUUCAAAGAGAUCGAUCUCUACCCUCUCGCUUACAUGACUGCAAAAUCUAACGGUCUUACGGAAGAGUGUGAAUCAAUUUUGGAGGCCACUGGGCUCACUGAAGAACAAAUCACACUCCCGACUCUCGGCUCCCCCCUUACUCCACCAAAGCCUAUCGUAGCGACGUUCAAGGCAAACUGGCCCACCAAGGCUACAUCCCAAUCGUUCUUCGAGAAAGCAUUACUUGGGCAGGUUGAGGGUCUGUCGUUAGAAGAUGAGCCCGCAGCAACCUCCAACGGUUUUGGUCUUGAUGAGGCUGGAGAGGAAGAGCGAAACGGCCAUCUUAUCGAGGCAGAUGACGACGAGGAUGUUGCUGGCUGGGAUAUGGGUGAUGAUAUCGUACCAGAAGUCGAAAGUGAUUUCGUCAAUGUUGAUAGCGCCGAGGCGGGUGCAGGAAGCAGCGAAGCAGACCUCUGGGCCCGCAACUCACCGAUUGCAGCUGAUCACGUGGCCGGAGGCUCCUUUGAAACCGCCAUGCAAUUACUGAACAGACAACUAGGUGCUGUCAACUUCGCCCCGCUGAAGCCACGCUUUUUGGAGAUUUACCAAGCCUCUAAGACAUAUCUUCCUGCAUCUGCCGGCCUUCCACCGCUGGUCAACUAUGUCCGCCGAACGGUCGAUGAGACCGACCCUCGAAAGGUUCUGCCCAUCAUCCCUCGUGACAUAGAAACUUUGGCCACUGGAGAUUUACAAAGAGGCUACGAUGCCAUGCGUACCAACAAGCUUGAGGAUGGUUCACGAAUCUUCAAGGGAAUUCUACACGCUCUCCUCGUGAACGCCGUUUCAACCGCUUCAGAAGUAGAUGAGGCAAAGAAGCUGAUCACAACUGCCUCCGAGUACACCCUCGCGAUGGCAAUCGAACUUACGCGACGAAAUCUUGGUACAGCUGAAGAAGUAGCUAAAUCCCCAGAGAAGCUGAAGCGAUCGCUCGAACUCUCGGCGUACUUCACGAUUCCCAAGUUAGAAGUGGCGCAUAGACAGUUGGCUCUGGCGAGUGCGAUGAGAGCGGCGUUCAUGAACAAGAAUUACAAUUCUGCCUUGAGUUUCGCAAACAGGAUGCUGGCCAAUGGUGGAAGUCCUAAAAUUCUUGAUAAUGCACGCAAAACCAAAGCUCAAUGCGAGCGCAACCCUAAUGAUACCCACGAAAUCGAAUUUGACCAGUUUGCAGAUUUCGACAUCUGCGCAGCGUCAUAUACGCCAAUCUACUCUGGUUCCGCAUUCGAAGUAUGUGCAUUCGAUGGAAGCAAGUACCAACCCAAGUACAAGGGGACUGUAUGUACUGUUUGUGAGGUCUGCGAAGUGGGACGGAACGGUAGUGGAUUGAAGCUUGUCGCAUGA